UUACAAAACAUAAUGAUAAAAAAAUGUUUAAAGUUUCUAUUUUUGUGCUCGUAUCGAUUUCAACUUCAAAAAUCACUUCAAUGCGAUAAAUUUCCCUUACAGGUGCGUGUAAUUUACCUACUUACUUUCCCCUAACCAUCAUCGAUUCUCGCUAAAUUCUGGUUACCAUCAACCGGAGUCUGGCGAUAACUGAAGAGCAAUGAUAUUAUCGAUUAUAGAUAUAAAUUUAAACUACAGAUAGCACUACUGUUCUUUUUCCCUUCCUCUCUCCAACAGAACAACUUGUCAUUUGCCCCAAUUUACUUCACUGUUGUCUCUGUUGGUCAGCGUAGCCAGCGGCGAUGUCAGAUAACCGCGGACACUCAUUGUUAUGAGGGAUCGUAGUUUACUUGGAGGAAUCAGCUGUAGACACAUACCAAGAGGAUACGAAACGAAACAUUCGCGCGAAAAGGCAGUCCCGUGAAGCAACAUGUGCUCGGACCUGCGAAACUGGCCUAUCUUCAGCUUACUGGAGCCGGAAUUCGUCUCGCGGAUUCAUAUGGUUACAGUUUACGGUAACUUAGGCAAUGAGGCUUUGAUCGUGACAAGGGACAAGAUGGUGUACGCCCUGGGCAGUAACAUCGCCGGUUGCCUGGGGACCGGGGACGCCCAUAGUACGCUGUAUCCGAAGAAGGUGGACGCCCUGUGCGAGAAGGAUAUAAAGAUGUUCGCGUACGGCAGCGGACCGCACGUUCUAGCGCUCACAAAGGAGGGAGAGGUAUAUUCCUGGGGUCACAACGGUUACUGCGAACUGGGAAACGGGACAUGUAAUCAGGGUCUCUAUCCUACUCAAGUGAACAGUUUGGGCAUAAAACGCAUCGUGGACAUCGCAUGCGGGAGUCACCAUUCCGUCGCUCUGAACGAGGAUGGCGAGAUAUACGCCUGGGGACAAAAUAAUUGCGGGCAAGCGGGCAGCAGUAUCACCACGAAUCAAGGCGUACCUAGGCAAGUAAACUCCAACCUGGCUGGAAAGAAGGUUGCCCAAAUCGCCUGCGGUCAGACCUCCACUGUGGCACUCCUCGAAAACGGCGAGGUGUACGGUUGGGGCUACAACGGCGUUGGCCAGCUGGGGAUAGGCAAUUACGUGAACCAAAUGACACCGUGCCGGAUCGGUACGCUGCUAGGCACCGUGAUAGUCAAGGUAGCUUGCGGAUACGUGCACACGUUAGCGCUCACGGACGAAGGGCAACUCUACGUGUGGGGCGGGAACAGUUACGGUCAACUGGGAAUCAGCAACAAGACGAACGCCUGUAACCCAGUCCUGGUCAAGCAUGAAAUGGGAAGGGUAUCUGACAUCGCCGCCCUGCACUACAAUCAUACGAGUGUCGCCGUCGGCGAAGGAGGGCGCGUCUACAUGUGGGGUCACUGCCGCGGUCAGAGCAUCACGACCCCGACCGCGACUCCGUUCUCGAACGUGCACGACGCGCUUGCGUGUUGGGGCUCGCCGAGUGUUAUGCAUAAACCGCUGAUCCUCUAUGCAGACGAAGACUCGGGCAUAUUGCAAUGCCUGGGAGCUGCAUUUGACGAUCCCGCGACAAGCGAUCUUACGAUACAGGUGGAUGGUGAAUGUAUCUACGUGCACAAGGCUAUUUUGAAGAUCCGCUGUUCGUACUUUAGAAACAUGUUUCAGCACAAUUGGACAGAAAGCAAUCAGAGUGUCAUCGAGCAUGAUCAAUUCUCCUACGUCGUCUACAAAGCCUUCCUUAAAUACUUGUACACCGACGUUAUCGAUUUACCCGUGGAAAAGGCUUUAGAACUUUUGGACUUAGCUAACGCGUAUUGCGAGAACAAUCUUAAGAAGCAUUGCAUACGGAUGAUAAAGCAAGGAAUUACCGUAUCGAAUGUUGCCUACUUGUACAGCAUCGCAAUCGAGUAUAGCGCAGAGGAACUCGAAGAAUUCUGUUUCAAGUUCGCAUUGAAUCACAUGACGGCUGUGACGCAGACGGAAAAUUUCGCCAAGCUGGACGAAAACACGGUAAAAACUUUCAUAAUCAAGGCAGGUAAGGCCGGUGUUUUUAGGACGUAAUUCGUCUCUUUACCUUAAAGGCCUUUCUACAAUACAAUAUUAGUCGAUGGCAUAAGAUAUAAGCCAUGAAAAUUGAUCAAUCACAGUCUACUAUGAAGAAAAUAUGAUCAAUUCUUACGACUUAUGGACACCGAUUAAUAGCUUGUUGUAGAAUAAACUUAAGGGUAGUGCGCCUCGACGGGAACGGACGGAAAUCGUCGGAUCUGCCUGUCGUUGCGCGAAUACUCGUGAUGCAUUUUGUAAUUGCGUAUUCCGACGAAAUAUUCCGACGAUAUAAUUCGUUUCCUUAACUUUGCAUUUCGCUGUUAGCAUUUUGAUCGCGUAAGUUACAAAUGGACGCAAUCGCGUCCAGUUGAGUAAUGCGAACUCGCGUAUUUUGAUAAAUAUAAUUCGCGAGGGAUUUUUUUCGUCGAUUUCGAAGAGAAUGCAAUCCUGUGAGCUUGCAAAAGUACCUGAAAUUAUCUUAGAAUUCGCGUAAACAUGGGGGAAAGAAAAACAAACGCGACUUGUCGAGAGAAAUCAAUCUCCGCGACGAAGCGUUAUCUGCGGAUAGAUUAACAACAUGUCAAGUCUGUCGAAUGUUUGUGAAAAUUUUAUCGUUUUAUUCCUUCUUUUUAUCGUUUCUGUGAUAGAGCAUAUCGGCAUGUGUCCGCCGCGAUUUGCGAUCACGCCGACUUCUCGCCGAUUUUGUUUAUCAGCUGUGAAAUAUCUUGUAAAAUAUAAACACGCAUUGUACAAAAUGCGAAUAUAAUAAAAUUUUCUAACUCCGUCAA